GACAUCAAGAGACGCACUAUCAACAUUGGAGUGCGUUGUGUUUUGGAGCUAGUAGUUUUAUUUCAUCAUGCCUGAACGCGAAACUGAUGUGUACUCUAAUCCUCUGGCUCCAGAUGGCCAUGAGGUGGAGGACCACCGGUCAGCGCUGCAAUCCAAGCUGACCAACGAUGACUUCAGGAAGCUUCUGAUGACCCCGAGAGCCACUCCGUCCUCGGCUCCACCCUCAAAAACACGCCACCAUGAGAUGCCACGGGAAUACAAUGAAGAUGAGGAUCCCGCAGCUCGCAGACGUAAGAAAAAAAGUUAUUAUGCUAAACUCCGGCAGCAGGAGAUGGAGCGCGAGCGGGAGCUGGCGGAGAAAUACCGCGAUCGUGCUCGAGAAAGACGUGACGGUGUUAAUAAAGACUACGAGGAGACCGAACUCAUCAGCACCACUGCCAACUAUAGAGCUGUCGGACCCACUGCAGAGGCGGACAAAUCAGCAGCGGAGAAGAGGCGUCAGCUGAUCCAGGAGUCCAAGUUCUUGGGUGGUGAUAUGGAGCACACUCACUUGGUGAAGGGGUUGGAUUUUGCUCUGCUUCAGAAGGUCAGAGCUGAAAUCACGAGUAAGGAGAGAGAAGAGGAGGACAUGAUCGAGAAAGUGCAGAAGGAAGUCAAGAAAGAUGAAGAUCCAGAGCAGAAGAUUGAGUUCAAGACCCGCAUGGGAAGGAACAUUUAUCGAAACGUCUUCAAGGGUCGUCAGCUGGAGCGUAAUGAGCUGUUCCUGCCAGGCCGGAUGGCAUACGUGGUGGAUCUGGAAGACGAGUAUGCAGACACAGACAUCCCAACAACACUCAUCCGCAGUAAAGCCGACUGUCCCACCAUGGAGGCUCAGACGACACUCACCACCAAUGACAUCGUGAUCAGCAAGCUGACACAGAUCCUGUCGUACCUCAGACAGGGCACACGCAACAAGAAACUCAAGAAGAAGGACAAAGGCCGUCUGGAUGAGAAGAAAGCCCCAGAGGCCGACCUAAGCAUCUUUGAUGACAUCGGGGACUACAUUCCUUCCACCUCCAAGGGCUUCAGAGACAAAGAGAAGGAGCGCUACCGGGAGCGAGAGAGAGAGAAAGAUCGAGAGCGGGAGAGAGAGCGAGAGCGAGAACGGGAGAGAGACCGAGAUGAGGAAAAAAGACGACACAGCUACUUCGAGAAACCACGCGCUGAUGAGGAGGUUAUCGACAUUGAUGAUAAAGGUCCAGGCUCCGUGAAGGACCAGAUCAAGCUGAUCAACGAGAAGUUUGCAGGAGCCGCUCAUCAGCUGGGCCCGGAAGCUGGAAGCAGACGUGACGAGAAGAAGCAUCUGGGAGAUUUCUUUGGGAUGUCGAACAGUUACGCUGAAUGCUACCCUGCUACGAUGGAUGAUCUGGCUGUGGACAGUGAUGAAGAGGUGGACUACAGCAAGAUGGACCAGGGUAAUAAGAAGGGUCCUCUUGGCCGCUGGGACUUUGACACUCAAGAGGAAUACAGCGACUACAUGAACAACAAGGAGGCGCUGCCAAAGGCUGCGUUCCAGUACGGCAUUAAGAUGUCCGAGGGCCGAAAGACUCGCCGCUUUAAAGAGACCAAUGAGAAGGCUGAGCUGGACAGACAGUGGAAGAAGAUCAGUGCGAUCAUCGAGAAGAGAAAGAAGAUGGAGGCGGAUGGGGUUGACAUCAAGCGGCCAAAAUAUUAGACAGAAGAAAUCUCUCCCUCUGUGUGAAUGUGAUGCACAUGUACUAACAGUAGAAAUCUUGAUACUGUAAUACUUUGUUUUGUUUUUGAGAGAAUAGAUGUGGUAUUGUUUGUAAUGUUGAGUAUUUCACUUAUAAUCUCAUGUGUUUAGUCUAUAAUGCCAUAAUGGAUGAAGACAUCUACAUUUCUUCAUCUUAGACUUUCAUCUGUUGCUUUUUUCAGCUUUACAUUUUGUCUUUAAUCUACUCUUGAUUCCCAUUCGAGUGCAUUUAUUCAGCCUGCAUUACAGUGUAAUCCUGAGCAACAAUAAAACAGAAUAGGAGCCGUUA